AUGUCGGUUUUAUCCGAAUUAAAAACGCAAUCUAAUAUAAUUUAUUUGCUAGGUCGAUUUAAUAAUAAGAUCUGUUUUUUGUGUUAUAUUGUGGGGCUGUUUUGGUUUUUGGCUCUCCCCCAUCAUGAGAUGAGCUCCUCAACUUACUUCUCAGAAAAUGCCUUGCUACCUGGUUUGGUUGAUUCUGAAUUUUACCAUGAUUUUGGAGCUGAUAGUUAUUAUAAUGAGCUGACAGAUAUAAUGAAAGAAAGGCAUAUGUAUCAAAUCCCAUCAAACUGGUUAUUGAAAAAGUUCAGAAAACUUGGCCUGGACACAUACACUCAAAACUACACAUUCAAAUAUCCAUUUGGUGUUUAUAGUGAUAAGACCCUGACAGGACAGAAUGUGUAUGCAAUUAUGCGUGCGCCCCGUACCUCAGGUACAGAGGCAUUAGUCCUGUCAGUCCCGUUUGGUCCCGAGCUCGACGGCCAUGAUGCUACCUACCCUGGCAUUGCUCUCAUGCUUGCUCUUGCUAAAUCUUUCAGAAGAAACAGUUACUGGGCGAAAGACAUUAUAUUCUUGGUGACAGACAAUAAAGAAAUUGGAAUACAGGCCUGGCUAUCCUCCUACCAUCACAUACCUAACAAAUACAUAAAAGCAGAAGUUCUGCCAGGGAGAUCAGGGUCAAUCCAGGCAGCUCUUAAUCUCGAGUUGACCUCAAAAUAUGUAGGUCGAGUCAAUGUCAAGUUUGAAGGAGUCAAUGGAAGACUGCCCAACUUGGAUCUUUUCAAUACGGUUGAGAGACUGUUCCAUAAAGAAGGGUUGAGGAUUAUUAUUCAGAAAAAGGUUUUGGAGUACAGUUCAAGUGAAUGGCAACGUUACUUACACUCAACAAAGCAGAUGUUAAUAAUGAUGUGGAACCAGGCUUCGGGAAUUCCCACUGGGAACCAUGGAUAUUUUCAUAAAUUCAACAUUGAUGCCGUCACCAUUCAAGGGUUCAAGUCAAAGAGUAGAAAGCAGUUGGAUUUCACAGAUGUUGGAAGAGCCUUUGAAGGAAUAUUCAGAAGUUUGAACAAUUUGCUGGAACGUUUUCAUCAAUCGUUCUUCUUCUACCUUCUUCCCUCUCCAGAUAGGUACAUCUCCAUCGGCGUCUACAUGCCUCCACUCGGAAUCAUGCUGCUGCCUAUCGUCAUUAAGAUAUCUUUGUCCGUGUGUUUGUGUGUGUGUGUUUGUAUGUGUGCUUGUAUUAUUUGA